AGCUUGUGUCCGAGCAAGGAUGGCGAAAGAGCCGCUGCAACUUCCUCCUCCUCUGCUCCUUCUCUUUCUUCGUCUACUUCUUCUGCAACGGUGUCGUCUUGCUGAGUUUCCUCUGCCAAUGUCCGAACUCGCUUUCUUCUUUUCCUUGUCUUCUCCACGCACAUUCUGAUCUCUCCGAUCCGUCUUGCCUUCAACUAUUCAGAACAGGGGAAUAUAGAGUCUAUCAAUCAAAUGGAGAAAUACGAAGUUCUGGAGCAAAUUGGGAAAGGAGCUUUUGGUUCCGCACUUCUCGUGAGGCAUAAGCAUGAAAAGAAGAAAUAUGUAUUGAAAAAGAUUCGUCUUGCUCGCCAGACUGAUAGGUCUCGUAGAUCUGCACACCAGGAGAUGGAGCUUAUUUCUAAACUACGAAAUCCAUUUAUUGUGGAGUACAAGGAUUCCUGGGUAGAGAAGGGUUGCUAUGUGUGCAUUAUUAUUGGUUAUUGUGAAGGAGGUGACUUGGCGGAAACGAUAAAAAAAGCUAAUGGUGUUCUUUUCUCCGAAGAGAAACUCUGCAAGUGGCUUGUUCAACUUCUGAUGGCACUUGACUACUUGCACAUGAAUCAUGUUCUUCAUCGUGAUGUGAAGUGCUCAAAUAUAUUCUUGACAAAAGAUCAUGACAUACGUCUGGGUGAUUUUGGACUUGCCAAAAUGUUGACCUCAGAUGAUCUUGCUUCCUCUGUUGUGGGAACUCCAAGCUAUAUGUGUCCUGAGCUUCUCGCUGAUAUACCUUAUGGUUCAAAGUCAGAUAUUUGGUCGUUGGGAUGCUGUAUAUAUGAAAUGACAGCUCAUAAGCCUGCAUUUAAAGCAUUUGAUAUGCAAGCACUGAUCAACAAAAUUAACAAGUCUAUAGUGGCUCCACUUCCAACAAAAUAUUCUGGUGCAUUUCGGGGUCUUGUCAAAAGCAUGCUGCGGAAAAACCCAGAACUUAGGCCAAGUGCUGCCGAGCUGCUUGGACACCUGCAUCUUCAGCCUUAUGUUCUUAAGGUUCAUCUCAAAAUCAAUAGCCCCAGACGCAGUAGUUUACCAUUCCACUGGCCUGAACCCGCUUACAUGAAGAAAACCAGAUUUUUAGAGCCAAAGGAUGUUCCUCUAUCUACCUACAGGGAGAAGCGCCGUUCAUCCAGCAAUGAUAGGACUUUGAAUCCAAGCAUAUCUGGAGCUGAGCAGGAUUCACUGUGCUCUACACAAGAAAUUCAUGAUAACCCACGUUAUUUAAGUCGAAGGUUGCAAGAGCUGUAUGCCGGAGGCAUCCGUGAAGGGACAGCCAUUUCUAAGACUAUUGUUGCCAAAGGUUCGGAUACUGCUAAAUCUUCGAGACGUACUCCAGCAAAAGCUUCUGGUCCCCCUAAAAGAUGUGAAUCGUUUCCUGUUUCACGCACCCCAAGAAAAUCUGCCACUGCAGUUCGAAGGGCAUCUUUGCCAUUGUCAACAAGAGGUGCAAGGCAACAGUCCCCUAGCAGGCCCAAUAUUGGUAUACUUCACUGUGUAAAAUCUCCAGAUGUUUCUGUCAAUUCCCCUCGAAUUGACAGGAUAGCUGAAUUCCCAUUAGCCUCUUAUGAAGAGCCAGUCUUCGGCAUCCGUAAAACUUCAUCAACCUCAGUCCAAGGCUCCUCUGGCUCCCCGCAGUACAAUGACCAUUCCAUCACCAAAGACAAAUGUACGGUCCAGACCGAUAGAGCUGCCAAGCCCAGUUUCCCUGAAACAUGGCAGGGAAUUCGUCGCAGCAUGUUUAAGGCAGAUGUAAAGGAAGGAAGUGAUGAGUGCUCUGAUCAAAAUGCAACCGCUGGGGCAUCAAGCCACACUUCAUCAGACUCUUGCCGCAGGCGGUUUGACCCAUCAUCGUUCCAGCAAAGAGCCGAAGCUUUGGAAGGGAUGCUUGAAUUUAGUGCAAGGUUGCUGCAACAGGAAAGGUAUGAAGAGCUUGGGGUGUUGCUAAAGCCAUUUGGUCCUGGGAAGGUCUCCUCUAGGGAAACUGCUAUCUGGUUGACCAAGAGCUUCAAGGAGAACACUCUCAAGCAGGAAGAUUAGUACUUGCAAAAUGCUGCCACAUGUACCAUAAAUUUAGCUGCAACAAUUUAUAGAGUCGGUUGUAUUUUUGUUUUUGACAUGUCGAGGUACUAGGAGCUUAGGCUGAUGCUGAUAUAAUAGGUUUUUAUUAGAUUUACGUGACUCUUCCCAAGCUUUUCAUGCUUCAGUUUUAUGAUUCUCAUUGAGAUGGCUAAAUUAGAUGUAGUAAUGGAUCAGAACAAACCAUUUCUGGUUAGUACAAGGAUCCUUUCUAGUGGAGCUUCAACUGGAGAGUUCCCAGUUAAUGUCCAGGAUUUAUUAAAGGACAUCUAAGGUUCAGAUUCUAUAAUGUCAUUUGAUUUUUUUUAA